CAAAACGAUUUUAAUAAAUUAUUAGCACAUUACACUUUUUAUAGUUAGGUAAUAUUUUGUUUAAAACAACACAUUUGCGAGAUCAGUUCACUUGCAUUCCAACGCACAAAUGAUGAUGUUAAGUUUGGGCGGCCCAGUUUCCGCAUUACGUUUGCAUAAAGAUACGUGAUUUUUACCAACUAUCGACUGAGUAUUAUCAGCCCUUCGGCACGUAUAAUUUUAAUUUGUCAAGGUGAAUUUUAGUUAUUCACGAAUGCAGAAAAUGUUUUUAUCGAAUUCGAUAAAUUAUUUCGUAACAAUAGUUCCAUUUAAUAAUUAUUGAAAUGAGUCAUAGAAUAAUUUGUUAUUAUGGUAAUUAACUAUCAUCAUCAUCAUCAGCCUAUUAAUGUCCCCACUGCUGGGGUACAGGCCUACCCUAUGGAUGGAAUAGGGAGAUUGGGCCAUGACCCACCACGCGGACCCAGUGCGGUGUGGCGGGUGCUAACGACUACAGAUGCAGCCGGGACCAACGGGUUAACGUGCCUUCCGAAGCACGGAGGAACUCGAGAUAGAAGAUUUUUGGUCACCCAUCCAAUGAUCGAUUACUGCGAAAGUUGCUUAACUUCAACGACCGCAGCCGAACGCGCUAGCCACCUGCACCAUCGAGCUCCUCAUUAUUAACUAUAGUUUCAUUCAAUUUCUUAUUACCUUCUAGAAUAGGAUAGGAGCAUUAUUGUUAUUGAAGAAGCUAAAGGUCAACUUACAUUAUUUCAGUCCAGCUUUAGAUGAAAUUAGGCAAGUGCUUAUAGUAUUCAGUACAUAAUGGUAAGAAUUCGUGUUUACAGGAUCUUACCAAAAACUUAUACUCAAUCACAGUGCAAUAUACUAUUUUUAAGCCUGAGAUAAUGUAAAUAAUUCAAUAGAAAUUCAAGGAUUUAUUAUCUAAAUCUCCAUCCAUACCAGGCGAUGAUUAAACCAACUAAGGGUUGGUUAGAUUAUGUUUUCCUGUUAUUUUUGAGCGAUUCCUACGACUAGCGACUAAAUUCUACAUCUGUACCGUUUUACAUGUCACAUGUUACAUGCCAGCCUCAUGCCCUCACUGCUGAUGGCAUCAUUGAUUUCAAGGUUUAGGUAGCUCAACAAAGUAAAUAAAAAAUCAUUAUUCUGGCGAUGCAUUCCUGAAAAGGAUGCGAAACGUCAAUAAAUAAAUAAAUUCAGUGCAUAUAACCCGUUAAUACUGUUUUAUUUAAUGAGCGAUGUGCGUGAAAACCUAAGAAAUAAAUAUUACAUUGUGGUUUCUGGACAAUUCAGGUUGUGAAUGGGCCAAAGUACGGUUGGUGAAAUGUCUCAGUGUGAAUGGUAUAGCUGCUUCAGUUGACUCCACUGUGGCGCCACGGGUGAGAUCUUCACUGGGCGUAGUUAUUUUGACGCCAAGAUUAAAGGAAAACGCAACACAAACAAUUUCUCUGCUUUUAAAAAAGCUCAAUGUGUUGGAAAUGAAUACUGCGUAUUUUGAUUGGGUAAUAGCUGUUCACACAGUGGAAGAUUACAAUAAGCUAUAUAGUAUAUUCAAUGAAACCGCAAUUAGAUUUGAUCAGAAUAUUAUAGUGGCAUAUCCGAACUUUCGGCGUAACGUCAAUAAUGGCCCUGGACUGUGCGAUAACAAUUUUUCAUACAAUACAAAAUUGUACUUUGAUUCUGUGGAACAAAGUAACGUUUUCAAUGAAAAAGACAAUCGUUGUCGUAAAUACAGAUCUUGUUCAAAAUCGAUUUACGAAAGAAAUUAUUACAAAGCUUCCAAUAGAUUCAGGAACCUCACGAAAAAUAAUAUUUACAAGAAUUCGGGAAAUAUCAUUAAGUUGUUUCAAGCAGGAAUACUGCAGCACAAUUAUACAAGAUUAUUCGAAAUGAUGAAUGCCAGUAAUUUUUCCUUGAGGAAUCAGUUUUAUCGCUGGAGGCAAGAGCAUCGUAUCAGCAGAGAUCACGGUGGCGUACAUAUCGUGCAAUAUUUUCAAGCACGGCCUAAUACCACUCUUUACGCUUACUACCUGGGUUAUUGGACUUUGGAGCAAUCAAUGUCAGGAGUUCAUACUCCGUACCCUGUUGAUGUCCGAAAUUUUUUGGGCGAAGAAUUGGUGGUGGGGAGAUGUAAUUUCACCGAAGACGGAACUCCUUCGUUGGACAACGAAGGACCCUCGGCACCCGCACUCUUGGACGAUGUACUCAAUUUCCUUACCGCCAAACUUAAUGCCACCUCUGUGAACAGGUAUUACAGUAAACUGGGAUUCCGUACAUACGAAGGUACAUGGACUGGUCUUCUAGGAGCCUUGUUAGCGCAAUCUGUAGACGUGGCACUGGAGCCUGUCACUGCCCACCCAGCUCGCCACCAGGAUAUGGAUUUUAUAUUCCCUAUAGCUGAAACAAUGUGCAAUAUAUACAUACGACAACAGGAGACGUCUACUGUUCGAGAUAUAUUCAUGGCUCCUUUUAGUGUUCGUCUUUUGGCGUGCGUAAUGGCUAUAGCAUUUUUCGCAUCAUCCGCUGUGAUUCUAAUAAAUCGUCUAGCUCCAACUGUGAAGGCAGGAUCACGCCCCAUGGAAUAUACGGAAGCACUCAUCUGGUCAACGGGGAUCCUAUGUCAGCAAGGUGGGAGCUGGACUCCUCCGAACCCAGCAGCAAGCAUUCUGCUCAUCGUGUGUCUUCUAUUCGCGGUGGUGACGUAUAAUUCGUAUGCGGCGUUUAUAACCUCUGUUCUGUCUGUGCGAGUGGCCAGCUUAGACACCGUUGCCGCAGUAUUACACUCUCCGGAUUUUAAAAUCGGAUACAUUAGGAACGGAGCGGAUCAAAUGUAUCUAAUGUCAACAAAAGAUGCGCAGUUAAAUGCCUUUUAUAUCCGCGGUUACUCCGAUGCUGAGAAUCUAGUUGCGACCGCCGAAGAAGGCCUGGCGCGUGCUGCAAAACAAAACUACGCCUUCUUUACUGGACAACGAGUGGCUCGGACCACUUUACGGUCUUUAAGUCAGGCUAGAGGGAGAUGCGCCGUCCGGGAGCUGCCCGUGUACUCGACGCGCGCGCAACUCGCCUUCCCACUGCCGCGCCGGUCACCUUACGCCAGACCCAUUCUCAUAAGUCUACUGCAGCUGCACGACACGGGUGCGCUGGCGCGGCUGCAGACGGCGCUGGUGCCGGCGAUGCCGGAGUGCGCACCGCCGGUUGGGUUUGCAUCUGCGCGCGCCGCCGACGUCAGCUCCGCGCUCAUACUCAUCGUCGCCGGACUCAGCGCGGCCUCUAUCAUUGGGCUUGCGGAAUAUGCAUGGAAGAAUCGAAUGGCGCUGCAGCAUUUUAUGUUAUGUUUGUGGAGACGAAUUAUUCGUUUGGUGCAACUUGAGGACUGCUUUAAUAUGGAAUAAUCGAAAAUGUAAUCUCUACUCUAAUGUAAUCUAGUUGUUGAUUGCGACAAAUAUCUCCGUGGCAUCAACUAUCUUCACAUUAUGUUCCACCGAAGGUUAACAACAGACUUAGUGGUUUUUUUAAUCGGCACUACCAUUUUAUAAAAUCUUAGAAGUAGUAGGUACAAAGUAUAGAUUUUCGAAUAAAAAGUCAAUUUAGAAACAAAAAAAUAUUUAAUAUGCUUAAAUAAAACUACUUAGUAUCAUCCUCUGCGCAAAUAGUGUUCUUUAGGUAGAAUUUGUUCCAAUACCGCUUGAUCCAAGCAGGUCUGAACUGGUAAUUUGGUCCUGAAAUUAUUGAAAAUUGCGAAAUUAUUCUUGUGUGUUGUGUUAUGUUACUCUUUUGUCGAUGAGAUGAAAGAGAUUUCUUUCCUAUAUUGGGUAUACUGCAAAAAUAAAAAUGUUAUAAAAAUCUUUUUAUUUUUAUUCCUACGAUCUUUUGGCCUUUUCAGAAAGGCAUUCCGUUUCAGUAGAAUGAGGUUGUUUGUGAAAAUAUACGUCCCCAGUUGGCACCACUGUGACGUCUUUUGUAUGAAGUUUUCAGCGCGAACUAAUCUAACGAGCGUUUAAAUUGAUCCAUAGACUAUGAAGACAUAUGCGAUUCGACGGAUGAGUAGACCUUCCGUCUCAGUACUGCCACCUGGUGCCCGUCAUUUUAGCAAAACCCUCAUUAGAUUAGUCGUAUUACGGAUUCUGUUUAACUCGAAAUGAUGAACUUAAUACAAGUACUUCCACUGUAAAAAAGAUAAGAGUAAAAACUCCUUGGAAUCUCACUAUAGUAAUUAAACGAAGUAGCUCCCGCUGUCUGUAUGCUUAGCUUUUUUAAACUACGCUACGGAUUUUAAUGUAGUUUCCAGCCAUGGUUAAAAUAAUUCAAGAGGAAGAUUUUAUAAGUAUAAAACAGUCAUGACCGAAAAUAAAUACUAGUCUUUGCUGAAGCGAAGUUAGGGUUCCUAGUCCUACUAAUCCUUCUCAUCAUCAGCCUAUUAAUGUCCCUACUGCAAGGAUACAAGGGAAGGUCUAUAUGUAUGGAUGGAAUAGGGAGAUUGGGCGAUGACCCAAAGAUUAGUUUUCCAAUUGUGUUGAUCAGUAUCCAAUAACGUAGUAUAAUAAGUAUAACGUAGUAGUAGGGAAAAAAAUGUUUGGACGAUUCAAAACUGUUGUACAUACAUCAAAUUUGAAUAAAGAUAUAUUGAUUUCUGAUUUCUGAGAAGUAAAAACGUAGCAAGAAAACACUCGUCUGAGAAAACUAUAGAUGAAAACUCAAAAAAAAGAGAAGAAGUAUCAGACUAUCCUCCUUUUAUAAGAAAGAACACUAAUCGAAACUAUUGAAAAAUAGCAAAUCUUAAGCAUUGUGUUUCUUACUUGAUUGUACGGGAAGUUGACAGUACUUUAGAAUUCAAUUUUAAUUAUUUCAAUCAUCAUGGAACGUACUUUCUGUGGAUAUAACUUUGAAAGUUGUAAUUUUUAUACUUUUUGAGAAAAUCUAAUCAGAGUUCCAAGGUACUAGCGGGUAACCUGGUUUCUUUGCGGUCUAGUGUAUAUUAUUAUUGUAUAUACCACUCGUAUAUCUAUUUUAUUUAUUUAUUUACAUAUUGUGUACACACAAAAAAUAAUACAUGAGCAACUUAAUUAAAGAUAACCUGUACAAGGGCACAACUUAUUUCAAUCUGAAAUUUCUUCCAGUAGGCCCGCAGUAGGAAAGAAUAUAGAUAAAGGUAGUUUAGUAAGGUAAGGUUUUAGCGGAAUGUGGGCAAUUAAAAUGUGUAAUGCGUUUUGAUAUUUACCGGGCGGCGUCAGCUAACGCUUUUUGUACAGUGGCGGUGUCGACCGUUUUGAGGUCGGUGGCGAGCCCUAAGGCGGCGCACACACGGAUAAAUGCUGACGUACAACCUGAAUCUGAAAUUGUUCAUAAGAUCAAAUAUUUAUCCAAUAAAUUUCAUAGAUUUGUCUGUUGUUGACGACGUCCGCGGCGCGAGGUUCGAAUCUCGGUGAGGCAAAUGUUUGUAUGAUGAAUACGAGCAUCUGUACCUAAGUCAUGGAUGUUUAUAAUAUGUGUUUCUAGAUAAAUACACCUAAACUAGUUGACCCCGCGUACUUCGUACGGGUUAAAAUAAUUUGGAAGAGAUGACGGACCCGAGUCUACCGUACCAAAAGGGACGAACGUCAAAUGUUUGACAGGAAAGAAGAUAGAACAGUUUAUACGGGAAAAUUAAAUUGACGUAUUUACUAUCUUCCUCGCAAUUUUGCUAUAUUUUCUCACCUUUUAAACCUUCCCUAGACCUCCACGAACAUUUAAAGAUCAAAAUAAGAUAAAUCCGUUCAGCCGUUCUCAAGUUUUAGCGAGACCAACGAACAGCAAUUGAAUUUAAUAAUAUAUAGAAACUAGCUGAUCCAGCGAACUUCGUACCGCCCUAAAAAAAUAGGGGUUGUCCAGCGGACAAAAUUGUGAAUCUAAACCAUUCUCAGAUCCCCUUGAACACACAAAAAAUUUCAUCAAAAUCGGUCCAGUCGUUUAAGAGAAGUUCAGUGACAUACACACUCACAGAAGAAUUAUAUAUAUAAAGAUGUGACUUCUUUAAAAUUUAUCCUUACCCUUGGACAAGCAUUUUAUAAAUUAUUCAUGGUUUUGAUGCUCAUCAUCACUUCUGAUGCCGGCACUUCACAUGUCUAUUCGUAUUUCAUUCUGACAGUAUGUAGUUCUUAUCAUUCUACAGGGAGUAAAAAGGAGAAACUUUUGUUCAGUUUACAAAUAACAAAUACGAAUAGCCGUGUGAAGUGCUGGCAUUACACAAUCGAGCAUUUUAGCAAACAUCCUUACCGUAUGUUCCGUAUUCUCCAGACUUGUAAUCAUACGGGAUUAGGUAGUGGUAAUGUGGCCAAAACGACUUGGACAGCACGAACACCCAGUUGGAGUCAGGUGGACACCUGUACAGUGGAGUUUAGAGUAAAUAUCAUUGAUAAUAAAGAAUUUAAAUACAGAAAAUGAAAGAGAAUCUCACUUAUGUAAGUAACAAGUUUAUUUAGUAUUUGAUUCGACGAAUACGCCAUUAAUUGGCAAUGAAAACAAUAACGCAACUAUAAGCUUAAAAUCGUUUUAGUAUAGUGCGACAAGGAUCUUUAUGAAGUUGGCAAAAUUUAGAACCAACGCCGCCAUCUUUUCAGUAGGUCUCCAAUAAAAACAUAAGAAAUAUAUUUUAGAUUUUACGAUUGAUCAAACAAGAUUCACUGUAACGUAGAUUCAUCUAGUGUCAAACUUGUGAACUACUGUUAUCUAUAAUUCUCUGUGAGUGUUGUCUGUGGUCCGUCACUCUACGUCUUUGUUAAUCAUAGUUUUAUUGAAAAGAACCCAACAUUACAACGUUACAUUCACGUAAACUAGAUAUGAUCACUCGUAUUCACGUUCUAGUUUCUACUUCUACUAGAACGAUAGUCAGUACAGUAAGGACUAUUAUAAUUAUAAUCUGUGCUGGGGGCUAAGACAAAACAUGGCAGGCAUCAUUCAUUCUAUUUCUUUACACGAUAAUGCUAACUGUAAUUUUGACAAUAAGCAUUACGGAAAAAGUUCGUUUUAUGUUUAUCAAACAUUGGAUUUAAUAAAUCAUUUAUUAUAUGGAAUUAACAAGCUUCGCAUACAUACUUCGCGUACAUAAUUUUAAAGUUUACUGUUAAUGUAGAUUUUUUGGCUGAUCUCAAUAGCUGUUACAUUUCAAAUAUUAAACUUAGAUAACAAAUGCUGUAAGUACUCACUUCUCUCCCAGCUUCAAGCCCCAGAUGCAGGUGCCACUCUCGACGAACCAGGUCGCGUGCAGUAUCAGCCCGUAGCGUAGGAAGACCAUCACGAACACUGUACUAAGCACGUAACAAUGGUUGUAAGUACUUACUUCUCGCCCGGCUUCAAGCCCCAGACGCAGGUGCCGCUCUCGACGAGCCAGGACGCGUGUAGAAUCAGCCCGUAGCGCAGGAAGCCCAUCACGAACACUGUACUGAGCACGGUGUCGUUCCAGUACUCCAGGGGGGCGUUCAGCGGCAGAAGAAGGAACACAAUCAAGUAUAACACCCAAUACAACCUGGAAGUAAUAAUGAAAAUUAUUCAAAUCAGACCAGUACGAUGGCGCAGGCACUUUGGAUUAAGCAACUUUCGCAAAGGCCGGUCAAUGCAUGGGUAAGAAAAACAUCCUUCUUGGUGCUUCAGAGGUAGGUUAAGCCGUUUGAUUCCGGCUAGCACCCAUCAAUCUGCACUGGGCCCGCGUGGUGGGUUAUGGUUAUUUCUCCCUAUGUCAUCAAUAGAAGAUGCAUGUGCCACAGCAGUGGGGAUAUUAAUAGGCUGAAGGCGUUUAUGAUUUUUAUAAUGAUUGCAAUAUAUUCAUUUUUUUGGAAAACUUUUGAAUAUAACUGCCGUACUUCGGCGUCUUGUUUUUUGACGUGACAACGUCUUAAAUUAGGUUGCGGCUGGGAGUCACUUAUGAAAAAGUGUAACGCUCGGUAACGUUACGAUGAGUCUCUCGUGUUAAGUUUAAGUUUGCAUGUACAAUGUUUUAGUAAACAAAAUAUAUUUCUAUAGUUAAAAUUUGUGCAAUUCUUAUUUUCAUUCAAUUCCUUGUUCCUAUUGUGCAAUUUAAUUAUAUUCAUAUCAAUAAAUAUUCUACCGAGAAAAAGACGUUGUCACGUAAAAUCUUCGCCCGUAAAACCGACUUUACAGGCAAACAUUUUUUUUAUUUAUAACUAUUGUCACACUUGAUUUUUUAACGAUACAAGAAAGGAUAAAUUAUGCUUAAAAUUGUUGACUUCUUACUUAUCUUGCACCAUGACCACAGGGUCAUCCUCUAGAUCCGACAUGUCGACUUGGCUUUUGAGCUGCAUCUGGUAGGGGCUGAGGCGGCGCAGGCGAGUGAGCACGUGCGAAUGGAGGAACCCUUUGUUGUAGUCGUAUGGAUCGCCAUCGGUUCCGAAGUGCGCGUGGUGAAGCCGGUGAUGCUCGACCCACUCGUAAAUAGAA